AAGAUGUUUCCACGAUCAGGGAAAUCGAUUGUCUUUGACAACUUUCCAGAUCCGACCGACACCUGGGAAAUCAUCGAGACAAUUGGCAAAGGGACCUAUGGAAAAGUCUAUAAGGUGCUUAAUAAAAUAGAUGGAAGUAAAGCAGCUGUGAAGAUACUGGAUCCGAUCCAUGAUAUCGAUGAGGAAAUUGAAGCUGAAUACAACAUCCUCAAAGCUCUUUCUGACCAUGCCAAUGUGGUCAAGUUUUACGGGAUGUAUUACAAGAAGGACAUCAAAUGUGGGGAUCAGCUGUGGCUCGUACUAGAGCUCUGCAAUGGUGGCUCUGUGACAGAUCUGGCCAAGGGCAUGCUGAAGAGAGGAGACAGAAUGGAUGAAUCCAUUAUUGCCUACAUCUUGCACGAGUCCCUCAUGGGCCUCCAACACCUGCACAUCAACAAAACCAUCCACCGUGACGUCAAAGGCAACAACAUCCUAUUGACGACGCAGGGAGGGAUCAAGCUCGUGGACUUUGGUGUUUCAGCCCAGCUGACAAAUACCCGUCUGAGGAGGAACACCUCAGUGGGAACCCCCUUCUGGAUGGCUCCCGAGGUAAUAGCAUGUGAGCAGCAGUUGGACUCCACCUACGACGCCCGUUGUGAUGUCUGGUCCCUGGGCAUCACAGCUAUAGAGCUAGGAGAUGGAGACCCACCCCUCUCUGACCUCCACCCAAUGAGAGCCCUUUUUAAAAUACCCAGAAACCCGCCGCCUACUCUCCACCAGCCGGAGCUCUGGUCAGAUGAGUUUAAUGACUUCAUCUGCAAAUGUCUGAUUAAGGACUUUGAGCUGAGACCGAAUGUGCAAGACCUGCUCCAGCAUGUGUUCAUCAAACAGACUGUCGGCAGAGAGAAAAUCCUGCAAAAACAAUUGAUUGAGCUCAUUGAUCUCAACCAGCAAAUUGGAGUGAUUGAAAAAACAAGCCAUCAUGGAAAGACAGACAGAAGCUCAGACAGUAAUGACAGGCAUGAACGUAUUCAUACCAAAAAAGGAAGCCACAUGAAGACACAGGAUGCAGACGAGGUGGAUGACCUCGCCACCCUUGAGGUUCUAGAUGAGAACACUGUCGCGGAUCAGCUUCAGAAUCGCUAUGGAAAAGAUCAAAUUUACACAUAUGUGGGAGACACCCUCAUUGCAGUCAAUCCUUUCCAUAACAUGGAGAUAUACACGCCUGAGCACACUAAGAUGUACAUAGGAGCUAAGCGUACAGCUAACCCACCACACAUCUUCGCUGUGGCUGAUACUGCCUACCAAUCUAUGGUGUCAUACAAUGCUGAUCAGUGUAUUGUGAUCAGUGGGGAAAGUGGAGCAGGGAAAACAGAGAGUGCUCAUCUGCUGGUGCAGCAGCUGACGGUUCUCGGGAAGGCCAAUAAUAGGACACUCCAGGAGAAGAUCCUGCUGGUCAACAGCUUGGUGGAGGCAUUUGGAAAUGCCUGCACUGUCAUCAAUGACAACUCCAGCCGCUUCGGCAAGUACCUGGAAAUGAAGUUCAACGGUGGUGGAACAGUGGUCGGAGCACAGAUAUCCGAGUAUCUGCUGGAAAAAUCCAGAGUUGUCCACCAGGCGAUGGGGGAGAGGAACUUCCACAUCUUUUACUACAUUUAUGCUGGUCUGGCUGACAGGAAGAAGCUAGCCCACUACAAGCUCUCUGACAGCAAAACACCUAAGUAUCUGUACCACGAGAACAUUAAACUUGGGCCUGACAUAGUGAACAACGCUUCCUACAAGGAGCAGUUUGAUGCAGUCGAGCAGUGUUUCAAAGUCAUUGGAUUCACCCUGGAGGAGCUCGGAAAUGUUUACAGCACACUGGCUGCCAUCCUCAACUCUGGGGACGUUGAGUUUUCUCCAGUUGCCUCAGAGCACCAAACAGACAAGAGCAACAUCUGCAACAUGUCUGUCUUGGAGAACGUGGCAUCUCUGCUUCGUAUCCGCUCAGACGAGCUGCAGGAAGCCCUGACCUCCCACUGUGUUGUGGCCCGCGGAGAGACGAUCGUCAGACCCAACACAGUGGAAAAAGCGGUGGAGGUGAGGGACGCCAUGGGUAAAGCUCUCUACAGCCGCCUCUUCAGCUGGAUUGUCAACCGAAUCAACGCGCUGCUGCGGCCUGACAGCCAAGGAGAGGACGACAAGGGCCUUAACAUCGGCAUCUUGGACAUAUUUGGUUUUGAAAACUUCAAGAAGAACUCCUUCGAGCAGCUCUGCAUCAACAUUGCCAACGAGCAGAUCCAGUUUUACUUCAACCAGCACAUCUUUGCGUGGGAACAGGAUGAGUACCUGAAUGAAGAAGUUGAUGCUCGGAUGAUCGAGUACGAGGACAACCGGCCACUCCUGGACCUGUUCUUGCAGAAGCCCAUGGGGAUGCUGUCACUUCUGGAUGAAGAGAGCCGCUUCCCGCAGGCCACUGACCAGACACUCGUAGAGAAAUUUGAAGGUAAUCUCAAGACAAAAAGCUUCUGGAGGCCAAUGAGGGUUGACCUGGGCUUUGGGAUUCACCACUAUGCUGGAAAGGUGAUUUACAAUGCCGCGGGCUUCUUGGCCAAGAACAGAGAAACCCUUCCAGCUGACAUUAUCCUGCUGCUGCGGUCGUCGGAGAAUGAGCUCAUUCGCAAGCUUGUCACUCACCCCCUCACCAGAACAGGCAACCUUGCCCACACCAAGGGUAAAGGCAUAAACACAAUGCGGAGCCCACGGACCCCGACACGCACCAUCACCCUCGCCAAGCCAGGUGAAUCUGGAGACAUGCCUUGCCACCCUAGAGAAACCACCAACAUGAGAACACAGACAGUGGCCUCCUACUUCAGAUACUCUUUGAUGGACCUUCUGUCCAAGAUGGUGGCAGGUCAGCCUCACUUUGUGCGCUGCAUCAAGCCCAACAACGAUCGCCAUGCCAACAAGUUUGACCGUGAAAAGGUUCUGGUCCAGCUUCGAUACACUGGUGUUCUGGAGACUGCCAAGAUCAGACGCCAGGGUUACUCUCACCGCAUCCUGUUUGCUAACUUCAUUAAGAGGUACUACUUAUUGGCUUACCAUGCUAACGAGGAGCCCGCUGCGACUCCAGAAACAUGUGCUGCAAUACUGGAGAAGGCCAAGCUGGAAAACUGGGCUAUGGGAAAGACAAAGGUGUUUCUCAAGUAUUACCACGUUGAACAUCUGAAUCUGAUGGUACAGCAGACAACACAGCGAAUCAUCCUGGUCCAGGCUUGUGUUCGAGGCUGGCUUGGAGCCAAGAGGUACCGGCGGAUAUUAAAAGAGCGAGAACAAAGUGCCCUGGUGCUGCAGUCAGCAUACAGAGGCCAUCAAGCUCGGAAGAGGGUAGCUGAUGAGAAAAGCAAAGCAAAGUUGGAGGCCUUCAUCAUCCAGUUUCAGGCUGUUUGCCGAGGCUAUCUCGCAAAAAAGAGGUACAAAGAGAUGGUAGAUGAGAAGAAUAAAGCAGCAACCAAGAUUCAGGCUCGCUACAGAGGGCAUAAAGAAAGGAAGAGCUUUAAAAGAAAGCUGGAAGCCAGAGAGAAAGAGAAAGCAGAGACUGCUUCCAAAGAAAAUGAGGAACAGAUAGCAAAACCAGAGAAUGAUGCAAAGAACGAGGAGGAGGAAACUAAAGCUGCAGUGGUUCUUCAAAGCAACUAUAGGGGCUACAAAGAGAGAAAAAAGUUUAAGGAGAGAAAAAAGACGAUGGCUGGAGCAGAGCUGGAAUUGCCAAAUGCAACAGCGGAAGAGGGACAGGAAAAAGAUGUCCAAGAGUUGGCUAACAAAGAAGGAGCAGGUGAAAAGUCAGCUGAUAAACAAGAGGAGAAUGAGGAAGAUGAAGAAAGUACUUAUGAAGCAGAGGAGAAUGAUGACAGUGAUAAUACUCAGGUGCCAGAAGAUGAGCACACAGAAGUGGCGGAGGAAGCAGUGAUUCAGGAUGCUGAGCCUAAAAAAGAAGAGCAGGAGGAUGGUGGACAGAAAAAAACUGCAGGUGAGGAAGCUGCUGAUUUAGAAGAGGAAACCAAGGCAGCCACUGUUCUCCAGAGUAACUUCAGGGGCUACAAAGAGCGGAAGAAAUUAGAGGAAGAAGGCAAAAUCCCAGCUAGGAAACAGAAAGCAAAAAGUCCUGCAGGGGACGAAGUGCUGGAAAAGGAACCAGGUAGUGACGAGGCAGAAAAAGAAGCCUCGACAACAGCUGAAAAUGCAGAUGAGACCAAAGCGGCUGUAGUGCUUCAGAGCAAUUUCAGAGGCCACAAGGAGCGCAAACGACUCGAAGAGGAGGGAAAGCUCCCCAAGAAAAGGCAGAAGGAGAAUGAUGUUCCUCCAGAGCCUCCAAAGGAGGAAGAGACAGAGGAAUCUCUUCCAGAACACCAGGAGAACACUUCUAGUGAGAACCGAGAAGGGCUGGAUGAAGAGAAAGCAGCUACUGUCAUCCAGAGUAACUUCAGAGGCCACCGGGACCGAAAGAAAAUGAAAGCUGAGAGGGAAGCACAAUUGAAAGCUAAGGAGGAAUCUGGGACUCCCACUGAUGCAGAACAGGAGGAGGCUGUGGACAUCACUGAUGUGGUAAUUGAACGUAAAGAUGAGACAGACGUUGAAAAACAAAGACUGGAGGAAGAACACGCUGCAGUGAAGAUCCAGAGUAACUUCAGAGGGUACAAGGACAGGAAGAACCUGAAGGCCAACAAGGAAGCUGCACAGAAAGAGACAAGAAGGCUGGAGAGCUUCUCCAGACAGAUCGCAAAGACGUCUGAGGACUUUCUGACUCUGCAGCAGAAGCUGAAUGAGAUCAUCCAGGCCCAUCAAUCAGACCCUGAGAACAAUGGCAUGUUGUUUGUGAGAGGAAACGCAAUCAAUGGUAGCUUCACUCCCCAGCGUCGCCAUUCAACUGACAAAAGAUUGUCGAGAACCCCCCGCAGGAACCAGCAGCCAAAGACCCUGAAUACACCAGAGGACUCCACCUAUUACAACCUGAUUCAUCGGUCUGUCCAAGAUGAUAAACGCAAACCCAGGAAAGAGGGCUCAGGGAAACUGUUGGAUGUGGAUGACCACUACUACCCAGCCCUCUCUACCAGCCGUUCUGAACCCUCCAUGUCCAAAGAGAACACAUCAUCCAUGCCUGAGAGGAAGCAAUCUAUAGGGAGGAGGCGGUCAAUGGAAAGGAGGCGGUCCGUAGAGAGGAAGCAGUCCAUGGACAGGAGACGAUCUAUGGAUAGAAGGCAGUUUGGGGACAGGAGGCAGUCUGUAGAGCAGAGACUGACUGCUCCCAGUCGACAGAUCCGAGAGAGGGCCGCCACUGAACCGGAGCGUCCCAAAUCUGCCAAAGAAAACAGACGCUCUGUUCCCAGAAUGGCCUCCACGGAGAGCCGGACUGAAGAGAAUCCAUACGACUUCAGACAUCUACUGAGGAAGACCUCGCAGAGACAAAGGCUGAUCAAACAUUACUGAAUACAGGAAGUGACUUUUGGCUAUUCAGGACUUGAUCGGUCGGGAUCACUGAUCGCACCAUGUGGCAGUUUGUUCUGGUGUCCUGCUAACAGCAGCACAUGUUUCAUUUAUUUUAUUGAUCUUCAGACACAUUGUAUAACAGUUUGGGUAGGAAAUGAAACUCCUCUGGACUUAACUGGACAGACUGUAUUGAUUUCCAUGCAUACAGUGAACACAGAGUACAGUCAAUGUAAAUAACAAGAUGUCAUACUUUUAAACUUGCUGUAAAAUAAGGUUUUAUUUAUGAGACCAACAGUCUAGUUACUGGUAUUCUGUAUUUCCAAUGUUUUUUCUUCGAUAUCUUUAUUUUCUUUCAAAAAAUUUGCAGGUUGUGCUCUUAAAACUUUGCAUUUCAAGUCAUUCCGAAGUCUAAUCAGCUUCAUAUUGUGAAGAAUUUACAUUAUUUUAUCUGCUCAAAUGUUCAGUUUGUUCACUUAAACAAAAAAAUAUAUUAAA